AUGAAUACAUCGACUGCCGUGGGUGGACAGCCUGUAUCAGUGGAGGAUGGCUUCCAUUUCGCUCUCACACGCUCGACCAACUUCAGCGGUACCGAACUGUCGGGAGACGAGCAAUGGGAGAGGAGGAAAAAGAUUGUCGCGGGGGUCUUCUUCAACAGACGAUUUGUUCCAACAUAUCACCUCGUCAUCCUGGGGGUAGUGUUCCUACUGUCUGUCGCCCACUGGUGGGCUUGGUCGAACAAAAGACGCAGUAGGAAGCGACAUAAUCGACGACGUGAAGCUGUCUACAACAAAAAAAUUGAGAACUCAAGAUCCGACCAAGCGUCUCCAGGCUCAAGCUUUAGCACAGCAAACCCUUUGGACAUAUCUCCCAGCUCUUCGAGCAGUAGCACGACUGACGAGCUGUCAAGACCAUCACCGAAGGAGCAAGACAAUGAAGAAACACCACUCCUCGGGGGUAGUCAAUCUCGGACCGCAUCAGGAAUGAUCCGGACCAGUUUAUUCUCGUUGAGAGCAGCUGCUAUGUAUCAACCAAGACCUAUUCCUGCGUUGAACAAAGUGCUACCUGCAAACGGUGCUUCCUUAGCUGUACUCGCUUUUAUUGGCUUGAAUAUAUUCUAUACGUUCUACAGAAUACGCCUCGAAAUUCAAGACUGGUUUGUCCUGGCCGACAGGGCAGGAAUGCUUUUCGCUGUCAACCUCCCGUACCUAUAUGUUCUAGGUGCCAAAAAUCAACCGUUGAAGAUUCUUACAGGACGGUCUUACGAAUCUUUAAACCUCUUUCACCGCAGGCUAGGAGAAGUACUUUGCCUGCAAGCCUUAUUGCAUGGGGUAGGUAUGAUGGUGUCCUGGUACUUGCUUAUCAGGCCCAAUGGAUUCGGCCUUGUUCGAUUCUUAACGGAACGCCUUAUUAUUUACGGCCUGGUUGCCUUUUUCGCAUAUGAGCUACUGUACUUGACGUCUUUAGCCAGCUUCCGUCAACGAUGGUAUGAGCUUUUCUUGGGCUCCCAUAUCAUUCUACAGAUCGUAGCACUUCUUUUCCUCUAUCUGCAUCACCCGACAGGGCGGCCAUACGUUCUGGCUUCGUUGGCUGUAUAUUUAAUAGACAGGUUAGUUUAUCGACUUGCUCUCAAGAGAACCACUCUGGAGGCCUACGCAACGAUCAUGGAAGAUGAUGAAACUGUCAAGCUAUCGGCUAGCAUUCGACUAGCACCGUCAGGAUAUUGCAGCAAACUGUUUGGAAAACAUAUUAAGCAUGGAUGGGAGGCAACUGAUCACGUAUUCGUCACUGUUUCAGCGCUGGCUCCUCAUCAUCGAUUGCAGGCGCAUCCAUUCACGAUUUUGUCUAGAGCGCCAACGUCAAACGAAGACGAAGCCCAACUCGUAUUGCUGAUUCGUGCCAGGGAUGGGUUCUCUGCAGAUCUACUCAUGCGAGCUCGCUCUCACAGAAAGAUGGCAAUUCAGAUUGAUGGUCCAUAUGGUAGUGAUCAUGCUCGUAGCGUCCUCGAGCAUAGUGAUCUCGCUAUUUUAAUCGCUGGAGGCAGUGGUAUCGCUGUUCUAUGGCCACUUGUUCACUACCUGCUGGAUAAUGCCGCGUGUGAAGAUGUGGAAAAUGCCUCACCGACUUAUCUUAAUAGGCCGAAAAUCGUUAUUGUUUGGGUCAUACAUAAAGGUGAGCAUAUUGAGUGGCUAGGAAGAGAAGUCCUCGCAGAUGCCGAGAAUAGGGGGGUAGAGAUCAUCAUUCCGAGGGCAACGGAGGAGGUUGGGCGCCCAGACUUGCAAGACAUCAUUCAACAGAUAGUGAGUGCUGAUGCGGCCGGAAGUCAUAAGAAGCAGAGCAUCGGCGUUGUUGCAAGUGGUCCUGAUAGUAUGGGUCGUCAAGUACGUAACACAUGUUCAGGAAUGGUCAGGAAAGGGGUAGAUAUCGAUGUCACAGUUGAGAAGUUCGGUUGGUGA